UCAGUCCACUGCACUCUUCACUCCCUCCUUCGCUGCUUCCUGCUUCCUUCUCUGCGAUCACAUCAACACACUCUUGUUCACACACACACCUGCUCAGACGCACCUUCAGCAUGGGGAACUUUGCUGCCAACGAGGGACUCUCCGUCUUUGUCAUCCUGGUGUGGCUGGGCAUCAACGCCUUCCUGUUUGUCCAUUUCUACAUGGCCUUCCUGGUGGAGCGAUGGUUUUACACCAGGGUCCUGCUCGGGCACGCCCUGUCCUGGGCCAGAGCUCCUGCCGCCUGCCUCAACUUCAACUGCAUGCUCAUCCUGCUGCCGGUGUGCAGAAACCUCCUCUCCUUCCUGCGAGGCUCCAUCCAGUACUGCAGCCGGACGGCAGCUCGCCAACUCGAUCGAAACCUCACCUUUCACAAACUGGUGGCCUACAUGAUCGCCUUCCACACAGCUGUGCACAUCAUUGCACACUUGUUUAACUUUGAGUAUUUCAUGGACGCUCAGCUGAAUCGCAACAGCAGCUUUCUGCCCUUCAUCCUGUCUGAAAUCGGCAGCGGGGACAACGCCUCGUUCCUGAACCCCAUCAGGACGAACGAGACGAACCCGACCAUCGUCAUGUUCACCACCAUCGCCGGCCUCACGGGCGUGGCCAUCACGCUGGCCCUCAUCCUCAUCAUCACCUCAUCCAUGGAGGUCAUCCGCAGGUCCUACUUCGAGGUGUUCUGGUACACCCACCAUCUCUUCGUCAUCUUCUUCAUCGGACUGGUGUUCCACGGCUUCGGGCGGAUUGUGCGAGGACAGACGCCCGCCAGCCUGAAGACCAACAACCCCGAAGUUUGUGCCCAACAGUUCGAAGACUGGGGAAAAAAUGGGUCCAACUGUGCUGUGCCGGAGUUUGCUGGAAACCCCCCGAUGACGUGGAAGUGGGUGGUGGGCCCCAUGAUCCUCUACGUGUGUGAGAGGCUGGUCCGCAUCUAUCGCUCCCACCAGAAAGUGGUCAUCACCAAGGUGGUGAUGCACCCCUCCAAGACCCUGGAGCUGCAGAUGAAGAAGAAAGGCUUCCAUAUGGAGGUGGGUCAGUAUGUCUUCAUCCAGUGUCCGUCCGUCUCCAGGCUGGAGUGGCACCCCUUCACCCUGACCUCCGCCCCCGAGGAAGACUACUUCAGCGCCCACAUCCGCAUCGUCGGAGACUGGACUCAGGCGCUGUACGAGGCCUGCGGGGGGGACAAAACCGAGACUCAGGAGGCCUGGAAACUGCCCAAGCUCGCCAUCGACGGCCCGUUCGGCACAGCCAGUGAAGACGUGUUUCGUUACGAGGUGGUGAUGCUGGUGGGCGCGGGAAUCGGCGUGACUCCUUUCGCCUCCAUCCUGAAGUCCGUGUGGUACAAACACAUCCAGAACAACCAGGACGUGUUCACCAAGAAGAUCUACUUUUACUGGCUGUGCCCGGAGACGCAGGCUUUCGAGUGGUUUGCCGACUUGCUGCAGUCUCUGGAGGGGCAGAUGGCGGAGAAGGGCAUGACCGACUUCCUCAGCUACAACAUCUACCUCACCCGCUGGAAGGAGACCGAGGCGGCUCACUUCCGUGUUCACCACGAGGCGGAGAACGAUCCAAUCACGGGGCUCAAACAGAAGACGCAUUAUGGGAAACCCAACUGGGACAACGAGUUCACCAACAUUACGUCAAAGCACCCGGGAGCUAAAGUGGGGGUCUUCCUGUGCGGUCCACCUCAGCUGGGGAAGUCUCUGGAGAAACAGUGUCUGUCCCACUCAGAGGCCGACGUCAAGUUCAUCUUCAACAAAGAGAACUUCUAAAAAACGCCACGAAAAGCACGAGAGGAAACAUCCCAAGUAGCAGCGAGGUGGUUUUUUACGGGGGCCGCCGGCAGCUCCUCGCUGACUUCCCGCCGCAGGCGUUUUGCAAAGACGCCGUUGUUGCUCAAAAAGGGUCGAGGAAAUGACCCUGAUGUAUUUUCCACAUUAGCUUCUUCUGCUUUUCUGUUACAACAAGCAGCAGGUUUCAACACUUUUCUUCCUUUCUUGAAAACUUUCACAGUCAUAACUUCCGAAAUGCAGUUUUGACACCAGAUGAUUCAAAUUCCCAAACCGAGAGAAGCAAAAGAGCUGCAGCUGCUGCAGAGGAGCUGCAGAGGAGCUGCAGCUGCUGCAGAGGAGCUUCCAGGGACAAGCAGCAUCAAAAAUGAGCUUAAACAAACUCCUCGGUGCUUUUUAAACAGUGUUUUGUGUCUUUAUGUUUCUCCUUCAUCAGUUCAUUCUUUGCUGGCAUUCAGAAACCCUCUUGGUGAGUCCUGGAUGAGGCUUUUCUACACAAUAAGUGGACUUUCUUUACAUUUCUCCACCUUUGUGGUCGCUGUCCUGAGCUGUCGACACUCACAUCUCUUGCGCGUAAAUAAAGCUGAUUGUGAUUUUU